AUGAGAUUCCGGAGAAAGCAAUCCCCAUUGCUUUUACUUCUAUUGCCAUCAUUGGCUCUAGCUCUAUCUCCUGCGGCACAAGAUAAUAUCGCUGCCGUUUCAAAAGACAGCGAUGCGCAAACAGGGAAAUUGGACAAGAUUGAUCCAUCAGCAGCUGUUGCAACUACCGUCGAUAACAAACCAUCAUACGGACUUGGUACGAAAGAUGCGCCCGUCGAUGGUAAAGAUGGAAAACCACAUGCUGGGCCAUUUGUAGAUACCACCAAAAAGGAUCCCAAGAAGGACUCUACAGCAAGUGAAAAGGCAGAUACGAAGGAUUCAAAAGAUUCCAAAACUUCCAAUUCUAAGCUUACCGAUGGGGAAUUGGUCCCACCUACAGCCAAAACAACAAAAGAGAAGCCAAUGCUUGAUGCCCAUGGCAAGGAAAUCCCCCAGAGCAACGAUGGAGUUAUGAACGAUCCAGGUAGAGAGGCACCUAAACAUGGCACAACUGGUACCGAGGGAGGUGUGAGUGAGAAAGAUAAAACACGAAAGGGCCAAGAAAGCCAAACGGGAGAGAAGGUUGAAAAGAAACCUGCAUCGCCUAAAGAAGCACCACCCAUACCUCAUGAUACCGAACAAAAAAUCCAAGGCGAUACCAAAGAUCCGCAGAAGAAAGAUUCGACAAUUAAAAAGGCUUCCGCUGAUGAUAAGGAGGCUGGUAGUACGGAUAACUUUGGAUUGGAUAAACCUACAGAUCUCCCAGAUAAGACACACAAUGAUCCUCAUCCAAUUCCUAACUCUGCCAACAAGGAUCAUUUAGAUGUUACGAAAUCCGAUUCAAAGGGUAUUCCAAAGCUUGAAUUGGAAGGGGAGGGCAAUAAUGGUCUUAUUCAACCUUUACAUUCAUAUCUUCUUUCACUUACGAUGAUUUUAUUCUCUGAAAUCGGAGACAAAACAUUUUUAAUCGCAGCAUUGAUGGCGAUGAAGCACGAUAGACUUCUCGUAUUUUCCGCCGCCUUUUCCGCAUUGAUUGCUAUGACAAUCUUAUCCGCAGUAUUAGGCCACGCAGUACCUACGUUGAUUCCAAAACGAUUCACCAAUUUCCUAGCUGCAGGAUUAUUUUUGAUUUUCGGAGGACGUUUAUUGAAAGAAGGUUUAGCUAUGAGUCCAGACGAGGGUGUAACUGAAGAAAUGAAAGAAGUAGAAAUGGAACUCGAAGAAAAAGAACAUCUUGCAAAACAACAAGGAAGAAGACGUUCAUCAGUUUCUCCAUAUGCUUUGGAAAUGGGUCUUGGAGGAGGACAAAGAGCAAGCACAAGAAAAUCUAGAUCAGGGUCACGUCUUCCAUCUCCACCAAGAAGCCCUUCAACAUCUUCAGAUCGAUCCCCUUCUCCCAAGAGGUCAACAUUGAAAAGUGCAGCAGGAGGCUUGAACAAUCUUCUUUCGUUAUUACUUAGCCCAGCAUGGGUUCAAACUUUUGUAAUGACUUUCCUUGGAGAAUGGGGUGAUAGAAGUCAAAUUGCUACUAUUGCUAUGGCGGCUGGUCAGGAUUAUUGGUGGGUUACUGGAGGAGCAGUUAGUGGACAUGCAGUUUGUACUGGUGUGGCUGUCAUUGGUGGAAGAGCUAUUGCUGGCAAGGUUAGCUUGAGAGUUGUAACAUUAGGAGGCGCCAUUGCCUUUUUGAUCUUCGGAGUUAUCUAUCUCGUCGAGGCUUUGUAUUAUGCUUAG